CGCACAACAACAAAAGGAGCGAGAGGGGCCGGCGGCGGCCAGCGGCGCAGCAACAGGAGGGCCGGCCCGGCCCCGCGCCCGCUGUCCCGCUACCCGCAGCUACCUCAGCAGCCCCGCGCCGCGUCGCGCCCGCCCGUGCCCGCGGAGCGAGGCGCUGUUGCUUCGCCGCCGUCCGCGCUGCAGGUCAGGCCCACGGAUAAUGACUGUUCUUCUCGCCCAAGUUGAAUAAGCACCGUGUGCACUUUACUGUCCUGUCAGUGCCGUCAGGCUGACUAAAGACAGGGGUUCUGAAUCUCAGCUAUAAAAACGUCCAGCCAAAGUCUCAAUCUUGCCUUAAAAAUGUUCCAGAGAUUGAAUAAAAUGUUUGUAGGUGAAAGCAACACUUCUUCUAACCAAGAACCAGAAUUUAGUGAAAAAGAAGAUGAUGAAUGGAUCCUUGUCGAUUUCAUAGACACUUGCACUGGUUUGUCAGCAGAAGACGAGGAAGAAGACAUCAAUGAAGACUCACCUACCAAGCAUCCUUCAGUCUUCUCCUGUUUAUCUGCAUCUCUUGAGUGCUUGGCUGAUACGAGUGAUUCCUGCUUCCUUCAGUUUGAAUCCUGUCCAAUGGAGGAGAGCUGGUUUAUCACUCCUCCCCCAUGUUUCACUGCGGGUGGAUUAACCACUAUCAAGGUGGAAACCAGUCCUAUGGAAAACCUUCUCAUCGAACAUCCCAGCAUGUCUGUCUAUGCCGUGCAUAACUCCUGCCCUGGUCUCAGUGAGACCAGCUGUGGGACUGAUGAACUUCAUAAUCCAGGUAGUCCAAGAGUGGAAGCUCAGAAUGAAGUGGGGCAGCACAUUCACUGCUACGUUGCAGCUGUUGCUGCUCACACGGCUUUUCUGGAACAACCUAAGAGCUUUCGCCCUUCCCAGUGGAUAAAAGAACACAGUGAAAGACAGUCUCUUAACAGAAAUAGCCUUCGUCGCCAAAAUCUUACCAGGGAUUGCCACUCUCGGCAAGUCAAGCACAGUAGCUGGGCUGUCCAUCAGCCCUGCCCACGGCAGUACAAUUACUAAGAAUUUCACGUUUGGUUGGUUUGUUUCUCUUGGUUUGUACAUGUGUGUGGAUGUGUGUGCUUGGAUGGUGAAGAUGCUGUCUCUCUACAGCCAGUUGAUGACCAAUCACGUAAUUUUAUCAGUGUGUUUAGACACUAUCUUGAAAACCAGAUUUACGUGCUGAAUAUCACAUAAUGCCUUGCUCUUAACAGUUACUUUUUUGUAAAUUUUUUCAGAGUAUUUUUGGAAACAUAUCAAUACAGUUAUGGUGUUUGGUGUUUGGGGAUGUCUUUAAAUCUAUUAAAGUGUACAUAAGUUAGUAUUUUAAAGACAUUUCUUCUCAAGUAUGAGAAUAGGCAUCUUUCAGCUUCACUUUAUUUUGUAUUACUUAAUCAAUCUUUUGAGUAAGCAAAAAUUUAUUCUCAGGGUCAACCACACACUUUAUUGACCAGUACUUGAUAAUCUUUUCUGUAUAUAACAAAUACAUUUUUACACACUAAUAUGAGCAUUAACAGGUUAAGUUGCCAUGGUUAUAAUGGAAUUAUGGCUGAAUUCUCUUUUGAAAGAAAACUUGAUAUAUUUUUGUGUGCAUGGGUUCCCCCCACCCCAGAUUAGCCAUGGAGUUCAUUUUGGAAUUCAGGUACAUUAAGUGUUAGUGAACAGUACAUUCACUGAUCCCAACAUGACUGUGUGACGUGGUACAGACAUUAUAGGCAUCGUGGGACAAAAGCACUUGUCUCACAUGCAGAGGGAUUCAGUUAGACCUGUGAAAUUGUAUUUGGGAAAAUGUAUGUCCAUAACUAACCUAUUAGUCCACUAUUUAAGUUGUUUGAAUUCUUUCCUGCCAGCUCUGCUCACGCACCACCUCACAUCAUCUGUAAAUUCAGAAGUACUUGUCCAGGCACUUGAGUGACUUCGUAUUUAUAUCUGCCCCAGGGAAAAGCAAUAGGCUUUGUAUUUCUGAUACCGUGAUCAAUCCUCUGCAGUGGAGCCUGUCCUGCCAAGUGGCAAGCAAGCAAAUUCCUGGCGAUUGCCUUUCAUGGCGUCUAAAUGAAGAGGGACGGGUUGGCUUCCUUGAGUUUUUAUUUUUUAAGUUACGCUUCAGGCAGAAUCUUUAACCACUUUGGCCUCUGUCUCCUCCAGCAAUGAGGGAGCAGCAGUAGUUACCUCACUCACAGCUGUUGUGAGGACCGUGUCCUGAUUCGAAGCGGGGCUCUCCAGAACUGUACCUGUGUGGUUCCAAGGGCCUCUCUGCUGAAUCCAGUGAGGCCUGGGGCAAUUUUUCUGCCACAGCUGUUCUUCAGGGUGUUGGUGCUAAUGAGGUCAGGGUGCAGGGUUCGAUGCCCACAGAGGCCAGGUCACUCGACACAGAGAAGAUCUACUCCUUACCUCUAGUCAGUCACUUUAUUUUUUAGCAGUUGUGAUGGGUUUUGCUGAGCCAUCCACACUCUGAAAUCUUCUGAAAUUAAAUUAAGCACAUUUAUAAUCCAAAGCACAUUCUGCUUACAGAGCAGUAGUAUCACCUUCAUAAUCAACUAGCUUACUUUUUCCAUCUUCUUUGCCACCCUCAUUAAAUAAGUACAUGUCUCUACAAUGUUUCAAGGGAAAACGCAGCAUGUAGUUACAUAAAGUAUUAUUAUAUUUCUCAGUAACUCUGUAGCAGCUUGAUGCGGGCAAGCAUGGGAUACUUUUUUAAGUGAAGAGCUGUGCUCUUCUGACUAGACUGGGAUGUUUAGAGUCAGAAACAGUCAAAUAGUAUAGUUACAUGGUGGUAUUAGGUGAUUCUUCUACUGGUGUUGAUGAAGUGCCAGGAGUGUCUCUUUAGAACAAGAGUCUAGAUCCCCCUUCUCUCCGUAUUCCCCUUCCAUUUCAGCCACCCCUUUAUUUAUUUGUUUUCUAUUAGGGGCCAAGUCUGUAAAGUUUUGUCAAACUGAGCUAGAAGUUUGUUACUAUUUGUGUUUACUUGGGUUGGGAGAUAAGGUCGAGUUUUCAUGAAGGUGUGUAUGUUUUACAUCAUGUUUGUUAUAGGGCCAUAUAUUGGUAACUUGAAAAUAGACCAGCUAAAUGUUUUCUUGAUGUAAGCCUCUGAAUACAUUGCAUGCAAGUUGUUAGUACCUCACGAGCUACAGAAGUUCAGCCAGGAGAAUUUGUUUAGCAGCAUGGACAGAUUUCUAUAUAAAACUACAAUGAUCUUUUUUUACGGUUUUUUUUCUUUUUCAGAUUUCCUGAUACUUUAAAUACAUUUACAUCUCCAUUAGUUACUGCCUUUUUGUUUUCCUUAUCUAGGCCUAGUUUUUUAUGCCUUGUUCCUGGAAGACAAAUUAUUUCAGUCUUUGGGAUGUUUUUUCAGGGUAAGGGCUACCACACCAUCUGUGAUAUUAUAUUGUGGUUUCUGAAAUUGGCACAUGUAAGAAUUGGAGAAAGUAGUUACAUAAUUCAGUUCAAGUUCUUGGUCACUAGAUGUUUGUUAGGCAUCUACUAUGUGCAAGACAGAAGACCACUAAUAACACAGAAUGAUAUUAGCAUGUUAAGUAUUCUUUGAAACAUGGCCAAAAUACAAUUUAUUAUAAAUUAUUAUUUUUGCUGUUGUAAAUAGUAGUGGUUUACAAUGUGCUGUGUAGUGCAUAUUCCUUAAAAAUUCAAGCCAUGAGAAAUAAGACCCCUUUGAAGUCAGUGCUCUGUUUUUAAACUGAUAAUCCAGAAUGUUACUUGGAAGAAGUCUGGAAUGUGUGGUGCACAGAAGCAGGUCUCAUGAAUAAGUUUCUUAGUUUUUAUAAUGCACCAUGUUCCUCAAAGUUUGUGUUUUUGUUAAUAAAACAUUAUGUAAUGUAUAUUCUAUGUUUAUUCUUCUUCCUCAAGUAAUUGAAUUGUGUACUGCACUGUAAGAUGAAGAUUAACCAUCCAUUAUUUAUCUUUUGUGGCAAUGCAUUUUCAUGCUUGGCUGGGUGGGGAAUUGUUUACAGAACGUGCAAAGUGAUUGGAUUUUUGACUUCCUAUUCUAGGGAGCUUUUUUGUACAUUAAUUUUUUGUUCAUUUUUCCAGUUCCCAGGCAAACUGUUGCUUUUUACAUGUCUUCUCUGUUGUAUCAGUACCUUGAUCCUAGUAAAACAGUUUACCUAAAACUUAAGCGGGCCGUUCAGCAUUGCCCAUUGGUUUUACUUCUCAAAUCUCUGCAGCACACUGGUGGGUAAUCUUUACGUCUUCAUUGAAUCUGUGUUUGCUGUUUCUCUUCUUCCUCAAGGAAACAUAGUCUUUAUGUCUUCUUAAGAGAAAAGAGCAAAGAAUAUCUUUCUUAUCCUCAUUUUCUUUGAGUUAGAAACAAAAAAAUGAAGGACUCUAACUAGAAGACAGACAUAUAUGUUUAAUUAUAUAGAUUAAUGGAGAAAGUUUAAGAGUUUCCAAGUAUUAGUUUUUGUUUUUAGAAUCAGUUUAGAGACUGCUCCUUGUAUUGGAGAUACUAGCAUAUGUUACCUUAAAAUUAUAAGGCCCAUACACAGAUUAAAUUCUCUUAAAAGUAGGGCUACUGUCAUGGAUGGUUUUGCUACCAUCACUUAUGUUGAUACAUUAUAAAUGGCAUCCUUAUCUACUUCUUUUAAUGCUUAAAAUUUUACGUAAAAUGCUUUAGUUAGAAAACCAACUUAAUGCAAUGGUGUCAGCCUUGCCAUGUAGCAGUUUCACUUGAAAUUUGACACCAGUGUCGGUGGUUUGGGUGGAGAAAGGUUCUGGAAGGAAUACAGGUAAAGAUACCUUUUUCUAUUUGCAACAGUAUCCUAUAUGUGCAAGAAGUUACUAUUCAAAGGAAGGCAGCUUAAGUGGAUCAUGUUUUGUAUGUCGUUGAGAAUUUCCUUUACACCACUUCUUAAAACUUGUAUAAUUGUUAAAUGCCCAGUUUUGCUCUGUAUUUGCCCUAGGUGUUAGUAUUUGUUUUCUAGCUGGACUUCUGGAAACCAAACCAGUACUUGGGGAGGAUAAAUGUGUAUGUUUCCUGGCUUGGUGUGUGUGAGUGGUUUUGCUUGCUUUUUGGUUGCAUUUUCCUCCAGAGGUUUGGAACUUUAAUCAAUAAUUGUGUGUGUUAUUCAAAGAAAAAAAGUGGCUUUGUUUUUUUCUCAAGUAAAAUUGUGAAUUGUACAUUUGCUUUUCAGGGGCAGGGCAUCGGUUGUAGAGACUGAAGAGUAUUGUAGAUUGUACUAUGUGCCUUCCUGAUGUGUUUCUGGACACAAACUUUUUUUUUUAACAACUUGAAAACUACAAAGGGACAUUUGGUUAGGUUCUAUACUGUACAUCAAUCUAUGCAUAAAUGGCAGCUUGUUUUUCUUGAGCCACUAUCUAAAUUUUUUCUGUUUUUAUAGAAAUUUUUAUACUGAUUAGUUCAUAGCUGGUCAGUUUUAUACACAGACUAAACAAUACAGCACUUUGCCAAAAAUAAGUGUAGCAUUGCUUAAAAAUUGUGUAUUAACACCAGUUCUUUGUAAUUGGGUUCAGUGGUGCGUUUAGCACCAUCUGGAGUUACGGUUUUUAAUCUGUCAGUAAAUAAAAUGUCCUUCAACUUCA